AUGAAAUUCAUUUUAAUUGUGUGGAUUUUAUUGCAAUUAAGUGCAAUUGGCGGUAGUCAUGGUUUCUCGGUGAAACCUUUGAAGAGAGACGGUACCACCAGCGCACCAACGACUAUAACGACGGCACACGAGAAGGUGAAAGAGGAAUCAUCCAUUUUAAAUCAGCUACAUGCAGUCGAAUAUGAGGAUACAAAUGCAAAUCAUAAAAGUCAUGGCACCUCUAGUAUGUUGAAAAAAUGUGAUCCCUGUCCAGAGGAUAUAUUGUGUGUGCCCCAAAUACAGUGUCCAGCCCACGUACGCAUGGGAGACCAUGAAAAACCACAAGUAUGUGAUUUGAGUGGUGGUAAAUUUGGUUUUUGUUGUGUCACCGGACAAAAUCAUACAGGCAUACGUUUGGAUAAGGCCCGCAUGCCAGGUGUUAGCUUUAUGCCUCCCCAUGUGGUGGAAGAGGCCCGCCUAAAGUUUCAACAUUUAAUGCAUCAAAUAGCCAUGGUGCCCAUAGCUCCAGGUCAGCCUGAUUUUGUGCAUGGCAUGGUUUUCCAUUCGUCGCCUCAUGAGGAUGUGCAAAAUUUCCAUUUAUCAAAUUCGGCCAUGGAACAAGUGAUAACAACACAAAUGUUUACCAAAAAAGAACAAAUUCCCGUUGAAGACAUUAUCACCAACAACAUAGAGGUGGAGUUUAAGGAAACUCCUUUGGCCCACAACUGUCAACCACCCCGGCCUUGUGCCAAUUCUCGUUCGAAAUACCGCUCCUUUGAUGGUACCUGCAAUAAUCCUCAUCCUUCGCGUUCUCAUUGGGGUUCUGCUGGUCAGCCCAUGGAACGUUUGUUGCCGCCCGCCUAUGAAGAUGGUAUUUGGACACCGCGACAGCACAGUAAAGAUGGUUCUAUGUUGGCGAAUGCCCGAGAUAUCUCGAGAAUUUUAAUGGGUGACUCGGAUCGUCCUCAUCCCAAGCAUAAUUUGCUGGUGAUGCAGUUUGGUCAGUUCUUGGCUCAUGAUGUUUCACAGUCGGCCUCGGUGAGAUUGGAAAACGGCGAAUUAGUUCAAUGCUGUGCUCCCAACAAUGCGGCCGUCUUACCGCCCGAACGUCGACAUUUCGCCUGUCUACCCAUUGAAGUCGAUGCGAACGAUGAGUUCUAUAGUGUGUUUGGUGUACGUUGCAUGAAUUUUGUGCGCUUAUCGUUGGCUCCCAAUACCGAAUGUCGCGCCAGUUAUGCCAAGCAGCGUAGCAAAGUGACCCACUACAUAGAUGCUUCUCCGGUUUAUGGUUCGAGUGAGGAAACGGCUCGUGAUUUGCGUUCGUUUAAGGGUGGUAAAUUGCGUAUGUUGAAUGACUUCGGUAGGGAUUUAUUGCCGUUGAACAACGAUAAGACAGCGUGUGAGAGUGAUGGACCUGGAAAGACAUGUUUUAAGUCGGGUGAUGGUCGUACUAAUCAAAUCAUUUCCUUAAUUGCCGUCCAUAUACUGUUCGCCCGGGAACACAAUCGUAUUGCCGACAUACUCUCACAUCUAAAUCCUCAUGCCAGCGAUGAGUUGCUCUACCAGGAAGCACGUCGUAUUGUCAUCGCUGAAUUGCAACACAUUAUUUACAAUGAAUAUCUGCCCAGUGUCAUAGGACCCAUGCAAAUGAAACGUUUCCGUCUAACCACCCAACAUCAUGGCUACAGCAACGACUACAAUGGAGAUGUAAAUCCGGGCAUAACAAAUGAAUUUACUGGCGCUGCAUUUCGUAUGGGUCACUCGAGUGUCGAUGGUCGUUUUCAUGUACAGCAGGAGCAUGGGAAAAUUGAUGAGAUUAUAAAUAUACCAGAUGUCAUGUUCAAUCCAUCACGUAUGCGUAAGCGAACGUUUUACGAUGAUAUAUUGAAGACAAUGUUGGUGCAGCCGAUGCAGAAGGUGGAUAGCGCAAUAACACAUGGGUUAAGUCGUUUUUUGUUCCGUGGUCAUAACGCUUUUGGCUUGGAUUUGGCUGCAUUUAAUAUUCAACGCGGCAGAGACCAGGGAUUGCGCGGCUAUAAUGACUAUUUGGAAGUGAUGGGUAAUCGUAAAAUUCAGAGCUUUAGUCAAUUGCCGGUGGAGAUUGGUCGCAAACUUUCCCAGGUCUAUCGCUCGCCAGACGACAUAGAUCUAUGGGUGGGUGGUCUAAUUGAAAAAUCCGUAGAUGAUGGCAUUGUGGGCAGUACAUUUUCGGAAAUAAUAGCUGAUCAAUUUUCCCGUUUCAAACUGGGCGAUCGUUACUAUUAUGAAUACAAUAAAUCAAUUAAUCCAGGAGCAUUUACCAUAGAUCAAUUGCACGAGAUACGUAAGGUAACAAUGGCUCGUAUAAUCUGUGAUAAUGCUGAUCAUUUAACCUUGAGGGAAGUGCCGCCCAUGGCAUUUGUUAGAGCCGAUUUUCCGGGCAAUCAACCUUUACGAUGCGAUAGUCACCAUAUACCCUCGGUGGAUUUAGAAGCCUGGCGUUUUUAAUCCAAAUAUUUAAACCCUCAUUACAUUAAUGCUAUUUAUUAUUUUAAUUUAUGUAUUUAUUUAUAA